AUGAGCGGGUCCGAAUCAGAAUCAGAUGCAUGCUCUGUAAGUAUAAAGAGCAGUGAGAUAAGCGAUGAAGAAUAUGAAAAGAAUUUGAAUAAAUUAAUUGAAAAUGAAACAUUAAAUUGGAUAUUUGUAGGAGGAAAAGGAGGAGUAGGUAAAACAACUACAUCUUGUUCUAUAGCAAUACAAUUAUCUAAAAAAAGAGAAUCAGUUUUAUUAAUAUCUACAGAUCCUGCACAUAAUACAAGUGAUGCUUUUAACCAAAAAUUUACAAACCAACCAACACUUGUAAAAUCGUUUACUAAUUUAUAUUGUAUGGAAAUAGAUACGACAUUUGCAGAGAGUACAGCUUUUAAAUUGAAUAAAAAAGAAUUUUUUGAUAAUAUAAUUCCUGAGUUAUUACAAAGUUUUCCAGGUAUUGAUGAAGCAUUAUGUUUUGCAGAAUUAAUGCAAUCAAUAAAAAAUAUGAAAUACUCAGUAAUUGUUUUUGAUACAGCACCUACUGGACAUACACUUAGACUAUUAGCUUUUCCAGAUUUAUUAAAAAAAGCAUUAGGUUAUCUAAUAAACCUUAGAGAAAAAUUACAAGGAACUCUGAAUGUAUUAAAGAGUCUUACCAAUAAUGAAAUGGAACUAGAAGGAUUAUAUGAAAAGAUUAAUCAUCUUAAUGCUAUGUCUAUUAGUAUUCAAUCAAAUUUUCAAAAUCCGUUAAAAACAACAUUUGUAUGUGUUUGUAUUCCAGAAUUUUUAAGUGUAUAUGAAACUGAAAGGUUAAUACAAGAGUUAACAAAAAAAAGUAUCUCGUGUUAUAAUAUUGUAGUUAAUCAAGUUGUUUUCCCUUUAGAAUCUCCCAUGGUUGACUUAAACCAUUGUGAAUCCUUACUAACACAAAUUAAAGAUAAAAAUGUGGAAACAACUUUUAAUAAUCUUAUUUUAAAAACAAAAGAACUGCAAGAUGUGUAUAUUUCCAGGAGAAAAUUACAAACCAAGUACCUUAAACAAAUAAAAACUCUCUAUGGUUCUGAUUUCCACAUUGUAUGUAUGCCUCAGCUAAAAAAUGAAAUAAGAGGCCUAGACAGCCUAUCCGCCUUUUCAGAAAUGCUCCUGCAGUCGAAGGAAAUACCAAUAUACAACUGA